GCACGGGGCCGCCGCCCCUCCGGACCCCGGCCUGGGCGCGCCCCGGGAGGCCGGGUGGGAGGGGCCGCCCCGGGCUCCCCGCGCCCCUCCCGCUGGCCCCGCCGCUUCCGCUCGCCCUGGGGCCGCCCGGGGAACCAGGACGCGCAGCCCGGGCUCCUUGGACGCCGGCCGCCCUGGCACUUGCUGUCCCCGCCUCUCCCCAUGAGGCCAUGAGGCCCAUGGACGGGGGGUCCAGCCGGCUCCUCUCUCCUGCCCCCAGCCUCGGGCGCUCCCUGCUGUCACCCUCCUGCCUGGCCCACUUCGAGGUCUCCUAGCGUGCUGGCCUGAGUCCUCUGGGCCCCCCACUGCACAGAUGGGGAAACCGAGGCACAAGGAUACCGAGUGGCUGGGCCCUGGAUGCACUGAAAGAUCCCACCCCCUCCAGGCCCACCUGUUUCUGUGGUGGACGGUGCUCAGCUGUGGUUUGGGGAGCAGUGCUCAGGGCCCGGGGGAGUGGACGCCAUGGGGGUCCUGGAGCCGCUGUUCCAGCUCCUGCGGGCGGGGGCUAGCCAUGCGCAGCCGGCGCUGCAUCCGGCUGCCCGGGGAACAGCCGUGCUGGGGGGACUCCCAUGAGUACCGCCUCUGCUCCCUACCGGACUGUCCCUUAGGGGCCGUGCCCUUCCGUGACCUCCAAUGUGCCCUCUACAAUGGCCACCCAGUCUCGGGCAUUCAGAAGACCUACCAGUGGGUGCCCUUCUACGGCGCACCCAACCAGUGCGACCUCAACUGCUUGGCCGAGGGGCACACCUUCUACCACAGCUUCGGCCGAGUGCUGGAUGGUACCCCCUGCAGCCCUGGUGCCCAGGGGCUCUGCGUGGCAGGCCGCUGUCUCAGCGUGGGGUGCGACGGUUUGCUGGGCUCUGACACUCGCGAGGACCAGUGCGGUCGCUGCGGAGGCGCCAACGACUCGUGCCUCUUCGUGCAGCGUGUGUUCCGGGACGCCGGGGCCUUCGCGGGAUACUGGAACGUGACUCUCAUCCCAGAAGGCGCCAGACACCUCCGUAUCUCCCACCGGAGUCGCAACCACCUGGCACUGAUGGGAGGUGACGGGAGCUACGUGCUCAAUGGGAACUGGGCCAUCAGCCCACCUGGGACCUACAUGGCAGCGGGCACCCGUGUGGUCUACACCCGUGACGCUGGACUGGAGGAGACUCUGCAAGCCCCAGGGCCCACAACCCAGGACAUGCUCUUACAGGUUCUGCUGCAGGAGCCCAACCCCGGUAUCGAGUUCGAGUUCUGGCUCCCCCAGGAACGCUAUGACCCGUUCCUGGCACAGACCCAGGCCCUGGGCUGGUCUCUGCGGCAGCCACAGCCCCGGGAGGUGGAGCCACAGCCCCCCGUGAUCCCCACAGCCCCCGCUGCCCGGCCCCCACGGACCUCCACCCCUGCCCCAGACUCGUGUCCCCCCUGCCCCGACACCCGAGGCCGUGCCCACCGGCUCCUUCACUACUGCAACAGCGACUUCGCACUGCUCUUUGCCCAGUGUUCCGAGCCCAAGUGCUGGGCCGCCUCCGUCAGGCCCAGGAGACCCGCUAUGAGGUGCGCGUGCUGCUCAUCUACAAGAACCGCUCGCCCCUGCGCGCGCUGGAGUACGUGUGGGCGCCCGGCCGCUGCCCCUGUCCGCCCCUGGCCCUGCAUCGCGAGUACCUGCUGGCCGCCCGGCGCCUCGUCAGCCCCGAUGGCACCAAGGACCAGCUGCUGCUCCCGCACUCGGGCUACGCUCGGCCCUGGAGCCCCGCGGAGGACAGCCGUGUGCACCUGACUGCCCGCCGCUGCCCAGUCUGAGUCCCCGGCUAAAGUCCUCCUGCCCCCCCCCCCACUCCGCCCACACACAGCUAAAGCAAGUUCAAACGGCAACAUGGCUAGGGCUGGCGAGAUAGGACGGCGGGGAGGGUGCUUGCUUUGCACGUAGCUGACCCUCCGAUUCCCGGCAUCCCGUAGGGUCCCCGAGCUCUGACCAGAAAUAGUUCCUGAGUGCAAAGACAGGAACAACUUCUGGGCCCUAACUGCCAGGAAGCUCUUUUUUUUUUUAAUUUUUAUUUUUUAAACACUCAGAAACUAUGUCUGCUUUUCUCCCUGGUACCUCCUCCUCACUUGCUUAGGACACAGUCACAAACAGGCGUGGCCCCAAGGAGGGACAGGCCUUUCUGGGCCUUUCUGUCAUGGAUUGAUGUUCCAUUUGGCCGCUAGCUACUAGGAAGCACAGUACUGGAUCGUUUGGUUUUUAUUGUUCAUCCUCCUGACAGUAUGUUCUCUCUUCCCACUGCCACACACACACACACAAGAACCCUCACAUAUUCAGAGAUGCAGUAACAAACGGGCAUGCUUCUCCUAACAGGCAAACCUCUCCAGGCCCUGAGAUGAACCCAGCUCCCCUUUUUUUACUCUGGCUUCCAGAAAGCUCAGACAUCAUUUUGACAACCUCUGUCUUCCUGGGCUGGACAUCUUUGACUCAAUAUGGCUAUUCAUCUCUUGUCAAUUGCUUUUUUUUUAAAGCACUUAUUAUUAUUAUUAUUUUGUAAUACCAGCGCGCCAGUUACAUACCCUGGGCUGCAGAAACUUGGGGACACACUGGCAGUCAGCUCCACGAUCUGCUUUCAUUGUAGGACUUACAGCCAUCAUUCUGCUCCAACACUCCCCCACCCCACUCUGAUCCCAUUCUCCCCUAACAAAUGUCACUGUGAGUCUCAGUUUCCCCUUUUUCCCAGGCCCCCCUUACUCUGGGGCGACUGCUUCCUUAAUGCAUCCUUCCAAUAAGUAUGUGUGGCGGGAAUGGAGAAAUGGUACAGCGCUUACCUUGCAUGGGGCCCGCGUAAGUUUGAUCCUCAGCAUUCCAUGUCCCCUGAGCCAGGAGUGAUUCCUUAGUGCAGAGCCAGGAGUAACCCCUGCGCAUCUACGGAGGCAGUCCAGAAACCAAAAGGGGAGGAAAAAAGUAUGUGUGGAGUGCUUACUGUCUACCAAGGGUUCAUCCUCUGCUUGACCCUGUCCCCAGGCACCAGUGCUGAAAAGCAUCCCCUCUUUCGGGGGAAGUGGGCGCUGUUCUGGAAGGCGGCACAGGUCCCGGGCGCCCCCUGGUGGCAGAUCUGGGGAAGAAGGCACGUCUCGCGGUCAGCCUGUUGACCCUGAUGGCCUCUUUUGGUCACCCCGUUUUCCCCCGCCCGCCAGCCCCCACCUGGAUGCUCCUCCAUGGCAGUUCCCUUCCCUCACCGUCUCCCCUGGUCUCCUCGGCCUCACUUCUGGAUAAGAAAAUUCAGGGAUGGGGGAAUCUGGGCUUGCGGGUUACGUGGAACAGCCCAGCUUGAGGAUGCGGAUCCUGGAUGAGGUCGGUGUGGGGCCCACUCUGGCAGGCACGGUGGCCUAUGGCCACCAGAGCCCCGGCCUGUCCCCUGGUCUCUUCACACUGGCUUCCGUAAUUAACAUGCAGCCUGCGACUGCUACGAGGUUCAGGAACUGUGUGGUGCCAGAGAUGGGCCCCGCCUGGGGCAGCUGCAUGCAAAGCCUAUGCUCCUGGAAACAAUCCACGUUUCAAACAAAUAGACAUAUUUUUAACGAGAGAACUUUGUAAGUCUAAAGGGCCACGCACGGGGACGUGAUCUCCUGUUUACACUCAGAAAUUCUACACCCCAUAUUGCUUGUUUCCGUCAAAAUAUAAAUAAAAACCGCCGGGAGGGUCAGCAGAGGAUGAUGUCCUCGUCUUGCCCGCCUCGCCUUGGUCUUUGUUAAA